AUGGCUAUGAAAAACGUUAAAGAUGAACAAGACCCGCACUUGGAGAGAAUCUCCUCUGCAAUCCGAGUCAUACCUGAUUUUCCCAAGCCAGGAAUUUUGUUUCAGGACAUAACCAGGCUGCUUCUUGAUCCCAAGGCUUUCGAAGACACCAUCGAUCUUUUUGUUGAGAGAGGAAGAAGGAGGAGAAGGAAACUUACGCUGCGAAUCAGAACGACCAACGUCCUCGCGCAGUCGUCGCCAUCAAAGGAGUCGGAGUUGGAACCUUCGCGGAAGCGCGACCGCUAUCAGACGCGACCUCGUCGCGCCUCACCACGUCUUCGCUGGCCACUCACCUCCAUCACAGCGCUUUCGCUGCUCGUGGUCGCGAGAAAUGAAGAAGAGAAAGGGAAGAAGCUUCAGCUAGCGUGUUCAAGGGAAAGAGGAGGAAUUGAGGAUCUGGGCCACUUGGAAUCAGAAAGGGAAAAAAAGCUGAACCCUUAA